GGUUGCGUUUUUAGGGUUCUUACAAUUUCUCUGCGCGAGGAAUGGACGCGACCAGGAAGGCGAUGUUCCGGUCGCGGCUGCGGCAGGCGGAGGAGCGCAAGGAGAAGAUCGAUUCACCUCUGGCGAGGUACAAUGAUCUCGGGCAGCUUGUUUGUAAAGUCUGUAACAUAUCGAUCAAGACGGAGGCUCUUUGGGGAGCUCAUCUCGCAUCUCAACAGCACAAAGAAGCUGCCGAUGAGUUGAAAGAGCGAGCAAAGCGAUUGAAAGCCGCUGCCGCUACUGCCGAGCCAACUCGAUCGACCUCAGUAGCGCAAAAAGCCGAGCAAAAUGGGAAUAAAUCGGAGGCAGUAAAAGGUGACUCUCAGCGAGCCGAUUCUAACCGGAAACCAAGCAAUGGUGAAGCUCCUCCUGCUCAAAGCAAGGAUACGACUGGACCCUUGCCUGAAGGCUUCUUUGACAAUGCGGCCGCGGACAUGAAGGCUCGAGGAGUAGAAGCGCCUAAGAUCAACAUGCAGGAGGAGCUGGACCAUUUCCACAAGCUUAUAGAGGAGGAUGUCAAGGCAGUCGAUGAUAGGCACCGGGAAGAGGAGGUUGAAGCAGCAGAAAUCCGACACGAGGAAGAAGAAAUUGAGCAAAGCGUUUGUAUGGAACGCGUUGAGAUGCUUAAGAAACGAAAGCUCGAGUUACGCGACGAGACCAAGUCGGGAGGCUCAAAGCCAAAGAAGCCAGAGAACUUACUUGACGAAUUAUCAAGCGAUGACGAGAGCGACGAAGACACGGUUUUGGAUUGGCGAGGUAGACGCUAAGCCCCAAGAUCAAACUCGUUAGCAAGUAUAGACGCUAUGCUCCAAGAUCAAACUCGUUACCAAGUAACUUACAAAUUGCUUUAGACUCUCUCGAGCUCAUGAAUGUGCUUGAGCUUUUGCGCU